AUGGCCCCCGCAGCGGCGUCGGGGGGCAGCUCCCUGCCCAGCGGCCUCGCGGUCUUCACCACCUUCCCCGACCUGCUCUUCAUCCUCGAGUUUGUUUUCGGGGGCUUGGUGUGGAUUCUGAUCGCCUCAUCCCUGGUGCCCAUGCCACUGGUCCAGGGAUGGGUGAUGUUCGUGUCUGUGUUCUGCUUCGUGGCCACCACGACCCUGCUCGUCCUGUACAUCAUCGGUGCUCACGGAGGGGAGGCUUCCUGGAUCACCCUGGACGCAGCCUACCACUGCACCGCCGCCCUGUUUUACCUUAGCGCCUCGGUCCUGGAAGCGCUGGCCACCAUCCAGAUGUACGAGGGCUUCACCUACAGGCAGUACCACGAGAACAUCUCCGCUGUGGUGUUUUCUUACGUAGCCACGCUGCUGUACGUGGCCCACGCCGUGUUCUCUUUAAUCCGGUGGAAGUCUUCGUAA